AUGUCGAUGGCUCUUUUCAUCGCAGUUGGAUCCGUGGACUCACAAAGGUUAGUGGAUUCAGCCGGAGAGCUCCUCAAGCCCUGGCAGCGAGCAGAGGAGGUUGGCCUCCAAGAGGGCUCUUCAGUCACCGCCGUGGUCCGCUGUGCGCACCUCAUCGGGGACCGCACGGCGCGCGGCUUCGCGGUGCUGAAGGCGGAUGGCGGCGUGGUGGCCUGGGGCCAUCCCAGCUAUGGGGGCGACAGUCGCCGCGCUGCGCCACAACUCAAAGACGUAGCCAAAGUCUUCGCCAACUGCGGGGCCUUUGCGGCCAUCCGCUGCGAUGGCACAGUGGUGACUUGGGGCCAUCCCAACUGCGGCGGCAACUGUCGCAAGGUGCAGGCGCAGCUGCAGGAGGCAUCCUUGGGAAACUUGCGGAACUUGCCAGAUGAGACCGGUGUGUGGGCAGCUCAGACGCAGUGUUAA